GUACAUAGAACAGUAAAGUAAUUUAGUUUGUUACCGCGUGACUGAGGCAGUCGUGUUUUUAAGACGUUUUGUGUAGUUAAUUAUCUGGUGGAGAUUUUUGAGUGAAAAUGGUCGAUAUUCAGGCCGGUCAGAACACUAAUGUAUUUCUCCUUGCGGGGAUUACAGUCCUAGUUUGUGCGAUAGCACACUUUAUUUACAAGCGUCUGGGAAGGAAGAAUGAGGAGGCAGUAGAACAUGAAUCGGAAAAAGAUGCAGGAGCUCCCGAGAAACAAGAAACUAAAUCCACAACAGCGGAACGCCCCUCAAACAGGAAGAGCAAGAAACUGGCGUCAUGGAGCGGCAAGCACGAGUUCAGCCACCCGUGGCUGCUGAAGAACCUCAAGGGCCACCCGGGCACCGUCCUUCACGUAGACUUCUCUGCCAAUGGCAAGUUCAUGGCCGCCACAUGCGAUGAUGGGUCUGUGAUCCUCUGGGAUAUCCGAGAUCUGAGCCACAACCAGCACAAGACGCUGCGCGUCAACAUCGAGUUCGACCACGCGCAGUUCGUGGCAUGGAGCCCCGACUCCAAGGCCUUCAUCGUACACACCGCGAGGGAGAACAACAUCGUCGUCUACAAGAUAGAGAAGAAGAAAGACGGCGCUAUUGGAGCUGCCACUCAAGUUCUCGUGUUUGAUAAGGUACACGAUUCAAACGUCGUUGGCUUUGGCAUAUCUAGCAACGGAAAAUUCAUGAUGUCAUGUUCCUCGAAAACUGACAUGGUAAUUUGGGAUUUGAAAGGCCAGAAACUAGACACUCUCGACACUUAUUUGAUGAGUACAUACUCUGCCAAAAUAUCUCCAUGUGGACGUUUCGUGGUCGCCACGGGACAAGUAACGGACAUAAAAGUCAUGGAAGUCUGCUUCACAAAGAACGGGGAGUACAAGCAAGUGACAAAGGCUUACGAUCUCACCGGCCACUCGUCGGGCAUAUACGACGUUGCCUUCGACGUGGAUACUUCGCACAUCGCCACCAUAUCGAAGGAUGGCACCUGGAAACUAUAUCAUACAAAGAUAAACUACGCCAUCGGCGAGGGUCCCCACGUGCUAGAAACGGGCCAGUACACGCAGACUGCGAACCCACCAAGCAUCGCGCUGUCUCCCAACGCUGAAGUGCUGGCCGUGUCCGUCGACGGCGCGGUCGAGUUCUACGACACGUACACCGGCCAGCUGUACGACACCGUGGAGAACGUGUAUACGGCGGGCCUAAUUAAUCACAUGAAAUUCGACGCGAGCGGGAAAUACCUAUUCGUCUGCGGUGAAAAAGUGGUGAGGAUACUCCACAACGUGUGCGGGUAUCAGACUACGAUAGACAGCUGCACGCGCCUGCUGGCCACGAGACAAACGUCGGCUACGACCGAACGGUUAAAUAAAACCAUACAAGAAUGCAAGCAAACGCUUGCAAAGUUUGGAAAGUAGCUUUACCAAUAUCGUCAUUGAUCAUGUGUGCUAACGAGCAUCAGGCGUUUCGGAUGCCCAGGUGCCCAAUUGUACUUGAGAAAGUGUCGGAAGGUUGGCUACCGCGACAAACCAUGAGGUGAUAAGACGAAUGGCAAGAUUUGACAGUUCAGUUCUGCUGCGACUGUGCCACUUAGGUAUCACUAGAAAAGGGAGCAACAUAUAGUAACUACUUUACACUUUUUCAAAUGCAAUUGGGCCUUAGAAACAGACUAACCUUGACAUCGGAGUGUAUUGAGCAGUCGACUCGCCUGUGCUUCCAAGCAAUUGGAAUUACUAACCAAUUCUCUUAGUCUAUUGCAUUUAUUGUCACAAAAAGUAUUUUUUAUAUAAUUUUACACAGAUAUUGGUGAAAAGUGGAGUGUAAGUAUGUAUUAUGUAACUGUAUUGAAUGUUAAUUAAAAAUUCGAAAAUAUUAUUACGAUCUCAACUGCAUUUCAUAUAUUUUGUUCAUCUUGGGAAUAGUGGUUCUUUAUAAUUUCUCGAAAACGGGAAGUAUUUCUUCAAACAUCUUAAACUUACACUGUUAUAUUUUAUAGACGUUGUAUAAUGUGCAGCGAGUUUAAAGUAAAAUGUCAAGGGUAGGCAUCAUAUUAUUUCAAUCAAUAAAUUUUUCGUGUUAUGGCUCCAUCAAGGUGUUGAUGAUUCUGCCAAUGUCGAGGUUGGAUAAGACACGGCUAGUAUAUGAAUCUUAUCAUAUUACGGUCAUAGACAGUGUUCGGUGGAGUGUUCGAUUAAUCUGCAAAGAAAUUCGACCGCAAUAACGUGUUUAUACAGACAGUCAUAACUCAUAAGUCUCUUGUGGUCAGCGAGAAGGUCCUUUAUAUACCUACAUCCAACCGGCGUAUAUUUUAAACUUUAAUGUAUUGCAAUAAAACUUAUUUUAUAUUUAAGUAUAUUUAUGGCCUGACAGUCCUUGUGGUACGUAUACGCUGUGAAAAAGUUCCAAUGUAACAUUUAUUUGUUUUAGAUACUGUACAGUUACGAGUAAUUUUAGUUAUGGGCAGACUAAAGACUAUUUUAUAUAAAAUUGUUGUUCCUAUAAUAUAAGACCAAAAUUAACUACUAAUUUCUCAAUUAGCGUGCAAAAGUCUGAUAAAUAUCAUGUUUGUAUUUACGAAAUGACUUAUUAUUACGUUGAAUGAGUAUUAACACGCAAAUUUCACGUAUGCAUAGUUGUUUAUCAUUGCACGAUUACUGUGUAUGAAAAAGCAGAUAUAUAAUUAUGAUCAAUUAAAAUAUAUAAGGGUGAUUCAAUUUUUUGUGAAGUUUUUUGUGUCCAAAUGUUAUACGUAUAUUACGUUCUACAAACAUGCUUUACUAAGCAUGUUCAUAAACAAAUUGCUUAUAAUUACCACAAAAAUGCAUGUUUGGUUUUAAAUACCAUAAAAUAAGUUUCCAGAGGAAACGUACAUUGGCAACGAGUGACACUAGAAUUUGAUGAUACAUAGUUAAGAAUUUUAAUUCGUCUACACUUUAAUCGAUUUCACUGUGUAACGAAACUUGCCUAUAUAAAUGUAUGACUAUUUUUUAUUACACGUGAAUCAUAUUAAACGUAAAUUUUAGCGUAUUAAAGUUAAUUUUACUUAAGCACUCCUCACCUUAGACGAAAUUCGUAGUCAGACCAAGAUAAGUUGGUUGCGAUUUUGACAGCCCAGACAGUGCAAGUGUUAUUUUAAACAUCAAUCUUCUAUGAAAUGAUGACGUUUACUUAACACUUGCACAUGCUAGGCUAUCAAAAUCGUUGCCAACUUAGCUUGGUCUGACUCUAGCUUGUACGUUAUUGAAUAUUUUUCAAACGACAACUUAUUUUAGUAGCGUUCGGGUUAGUACUCUUUCUGAUUUUCCGUUUUUAAGUAAUGUAUGCGACCUACAACAUUAUGAAGUAUUAUAUUAUAAGCAACAAAACAAACAUGUUUGACAUUUAUUCUUGUGACCCGAGGCCCAAGCAUGGGGGUCGGUAGAUAUGGCAUUUAUACACCGUGUUUUUAUUUCCCGUUAAUUUCAAGGGUGCAUUCCUGAGCUUAAAUUAAGUAACUUUCUCAAAGACACCGGUAUUCUAAUUAACUCAAUUUCGGAGAUAAUCAAUAAUUUAUUUUUAUUUUAUAAGGCCCUUACAAGCGUAUGCACUUGCCUUAGGGCCUGUUUACAUAUUGAUUAGUGUUUAGUACGAGUGUGUACAUUUGCUACUAAGCGAAAAUACUAUCUCGGACGAUUGUUCGAAAUGACAUUGAUAUGUCACAGUUCUCAAUCUUGUUUGAUUUCAUUAAAUGUAAUGCCCGUGUUACAACAACGCUAUAUGCAACAUUUAAUUUCCUUUUUAUAAAAAUGAAAUAAAAUAUUACAAAAAACAUUAUUUUUUUUGGAAAAUUAACUAUGCCAUUUACUUUCCUUAAACGUACUUACCCAUACUCCGGAGUUAACGGAAUUUAAUAAAAACACGGUGCAUUAUACUUUCAUCUCGAUCAAGCCCAAAGAAUUAUUAUGGAGAUUUGAGUCUGGAUGUUUCUAUUUUCUCAAUAAAGUGAUUCCCAUAACGUAUUGAUUUUUAUUUGUGUUAAUAUAUAAUAAUCUCAGUUAACUACCAUUUUGCGAUGGGGAUUUUCAAUCAAGUAAAAUGUAUGGCGCAUACUGCCAUAAUUUUAUGUUCGACAAUGCAUAUCUGUUAUAAUUUAAUACAUGAUUUAGCACCCUCGCUGUGGUAAUAAGUGUAACUCAAAUAAAUGUCAUACGAAAGAACAAGUGACCUACGCCUGGAGUGCCCAGCGCCUUGGUCACUUUUUCCUUCGAUAAUGUUUCAUGUAUUGUGUUUCCUAUGUUUAAUUUAAAUUAAUACAGGAUGCUUUUGUUAUUACUGACCAAACUUUAAGGGGUGAAUAUGUAGGUCAUACUGAACAAGUUUUAAUAUAGGGCCAAUCCCGAAAAAAAUCUGCAGUCAUUUCUUAUACAUUUAGGUGAGUCAAUGUUUUCUAUGGAAAAUAAAUAAAAGCUUGUAAAUUAUGCAUAUUUUGCAUCAAAUUAACUAUUUUUAUUAGGCAGUACCACGGUAGCACUUUAGUAGGUAGUAGGCCUAGCACAGGAGCGGCGCGACGCGAGCCAGAUACGGUAUACUGCCUACAGAUGGGACGAAACAUAGGUACUUAAUGUUGUCAUAACAAAGGUCUGGAAGUGGAAAGUUGCCAAUUAGUUUCAACUGCGUACAUAAAGAAGUAGGUAAAUUUUGUUAUUUUUUUACAGGGAAAGGAUAUGUAAUUGCACUUUCGGUUUAACUACUAUGAUGACAUAGUAACAUCACUACUAUAAAUGUGUAAAUGUAGAAAAGAAAACACAGUAGUAAUUAUGUACCUUUACAGGAUUUAUUAACGUCACCAUCUCUCACAAAAGUGACCAUCAACAAGUACACUGAGAUACUUCGUGAUUUACAAAUUAAGUACAGUUUCACAGCUUUUGACAAACAAAGAGCAUUGACAUUACAAUAAACAGUGCGUUUACUCAAUUCCUUUUUAAUUAUUAUAAAAUAUUGAUGCCAAAAUAGUUUCUUUUUUUAAAUUAACAAGUACUCUUUACUACCAAUCUAAAUAUCUGUUUCGCUAUGGCAUAAAAAUAAUUAUCUUCAUAUGCUUCUGUUAAAUCUUACAUUUUGUACCAAUCUGCUGUUGCAACUGUAUUUAUAUUAAGAUUAUGUAAUUACAAUUUUGCUCUAUUUUGCCUUAACAUUAAGUUUAGGUAUAUUGUGACUUCUAUUAAGACGAUCAACAUCUUGAAUAUUUCUAAAAAUGCACGUGAGUUACAAGGCAGUGGCGGAUGCAUUUGUGACGGAUGCACUACGCGUAGCCCCUUCACACCACCUCAAUGCUAUUCGGUGCAACUAUCUUCGUAAUUCUCUAACUGAUCUGAAUUAUCUAAAACAGUGUGAAGGAGCUGUUAGAAAUAAAUUCAUUUAAGCUUUGGUUUCCUAGGAUAGCGGUACCGUCAUAUAGCAUUCGUCUCCAUAAUACUACUCCAUCCAGCCGUAUUAUUUUGUAUGGGGACGGCCGCUAUAUGACGGUAGCGCUAUCCGAGGAAACCAGAGCUUUAGGUGUUGGACGUUUGAUAUAUUUAUGUAAAAUCAUUCAACAUGACCCAAACAAUUUAGCAAGAGGCUUAUGCCGUUUAUAGAAUUUUUGUUCAAAUGUUACAAUAAACGUACGGUCUUUUAGUGUACCAAUUUGGUUUUUCAAUACUUAUAUGCUAUGAAGUGUCCAAUGUAA